UUCUUUCAACACUGACACCAUUUUGCUAUUCACAAUUCAUUUGCAUCCUAGAGCCAUCUGCACUCAUCAAAGCAAAACCAAUCUCGGAUCUUUGCCUUCCUUUCUUUCUUUUUUUUUUUCUUCAUUUGUAGCAUUUCUGAAAAUGGCUGAGGCCUUGCUUGGAAUUGUGCUGGAAAACAUGAUCCCUUUCGUCCAGAGUGAAUUUGCAGCCUUCUUUGGAAUCAAGGAAAAGGCUGAAGAGCUAUCACGCACUUUAGAACUAAUCAAAGCUGUUCUUGAUGAUGCUGAGGAGAAACAAUGGUCAAAUCGUCCUCUCAAGGUGUGGCUGCAGCAGCUUAAAGAUGCAAUGUACGUGCUGGAUGAUAUCCUUGAUCAGUUGCCUACUCAAUCCUCUCAACUUGGGUGCUUAUCAUCUUUGAAUCCAAAGAAGGUGAUUCAUUGUCGUGAGCUUGGACAGAAGUUGAAUGAGAUAAUAGGGAGGUUGGAUCGAAUUGCUCAAGCUAGGACCAACUUCGAUCUUAGACAAGUUGUGAGGGAAAGACCAAGUGAAGUUGCUGAAUGGCGCCAAACUAGCUCAACUAUCGCCCUUCCUCGAGUGUACGGGAGAGAUGAAGAUAAAGGGAGAGUUGUGGAGUUUCUUCUUAGCCCAUCACGAAGCUUCGAGUUCCUUUCUGUAUAUCCCAUUGUUGGCUUAGGUGGUCUUGGAAAAACAACACUUGUUCAGCUGGUCUACAACGAUCCAAAAGUAGGUAACAAUUUUGAUUUGAAGAUUUGGGUGUGUGUUUCUGAGAAUUUCACUAUCAAGAGUAUUUUGCGGUCCAUUUUAGAAGCUAUCAGAAAGGAUAAGUCUGAGGUCAUGGAUUUAGAAGUAAUGGAGGAAAAAGUGAAAGAAUUGCUACAAAGUAAAAAGUAUUUAUUGGUUUUAGAUGAUGUAUGGAAAAGAAGCCAAGAAAUGGAAUUGGGAUUAACCCAAGACAAAUGGGAUAAGUUAAGAUCUGUAUUGUCUUGUGGAUCUAAAGGCUCUUCCAUUUUAGUGUCCACUCGCGACAACCAUGUUGCAACAAUUAUGGGCACAUGCCAAGCACAUCGUUUGUCCCGUCUAUCCGAUGAUGAUUGUUGGUUGUUGUUUAAACUGCGCGCAUUUGGAGCUGACAAAGGAGAGCGUGAAGAGCUUGUUGCAAUAGGCAAGAAGAUAGUCAAGAAAUGUGGAGGAUCACCUCUUGCAGCACUGGCAUUAGGAGGUGUGAUGCAAUCCAGAAGCACGGUAAAAGAAUGGGUUGAAGUUCAGAAAAGUGAGGUUUGGAGUUUACCAGAUGAGAAUGAUAUUAUGCCUGUCUUGAGGUUAAGCUACUCUUGUUUAACACCAACUCUAAAGCAGUGUUUUGCUUUCUGUGCCAUAUUUCCCAAAGAUAAAGAAAUUAAGAAGCAAGAACUGAUUUAUCUUUGGAUGGCUAAUGGAUUUAUUUCAUCCCGGCCGAACUUGGAGGUAGAGGACGUUGGCAACAUGGUUUGGAAUGAAUUAUACCAAAAAUCAUUCUUCCAAGAUGGGGUGAGUGAUUACUUUUCUGGCGAGAUUUAUUUUAAGAUGCAUGAUUUAGUCCAUGAUCUUGCUCAAUCAAUUUCAGGGCAAGAGUGUGUAUGCUUGGAGAAACAAAACCUUAAUGAUUCUUCAAGAAACCCCCAUCAUAUUGGUUUUCACUCCUUGGAUGCAAAUCAAUUCAAGAAGAGCCCCUUUGAGAAAGUUGAAUCCUUGAGAACAUUGUAUCAACUGUAUUUAAAUGGAUUUGAAAAAUAUCAUUCUCUUCGGGUUUUGUGUAUAUCUGGUAGUAAGUUGGCAUCUUUUAGGAGUUUAACUUGCUUGAGGUAUUUGGAACUUUGUUAUUUGGAUAUAAAGAGGUUGCCUGCUAGUAUUUGCAAUUUGCAUAGAUUGGAAAUCUUGAAACUAAUAGGGUUGUUUAAUCUUAGCCGUCUACCGAAACGCUUGACUAGGAUGCAAAAUCUCCGACAUCUUGUCAUUGAUGGUUGUCAUGGGCUAUCCGGUAUGUUUCCUGACGCUCACAAAUUACGUCAUCUGAGAACACUAAGUGUAUACAUUGUGAAAUCAGAGAAAGGGCAUAGUUUGGCAGAGAUACGGCAUUUGAAUCUGGGAGGAGAGCUAUGCAUCGAAGGCCUAGAAAAUGUUGGGAGUAUAUCUGAAGCUAAAAAUGCAAACUUGAAGGGUAAACAAGACCUUCGACAAUUGAUUUUGUCAUGGCGCAAAAGUGGUAAGAGCAAGUCCGUAUUGGGAGCAGAAGAAGUACUUGAAGCGCUUCAACCUCACUCCACACUCAAGCUGUUGACGAUACAAGAGUAUGAGGGAUUACGUUGGCCAACUUGGAUGCAAAACAAUUCUGCUACCCAUAAUUUAGUUUCUCUUCGACUUGAGGAAUGUCGAAAGUGCCAGCAUCUUCCUCCAGUGGAAAAACUUCCAUUUCUGAAGGAGCUUGUGGUAAGAGGCAUGGAUGAAGUGCAGUACAUUGAGGAAGAUGAAAGUUAUGAUGGUGUUGAAGCAAUGCCAUUCCCAUCUUUGGAGAAAUUGGAAGUGGAGAGAUUGCCAAACGUGGAGCGGUUGAUGAAACGGGAAACAACACACAUGUUCCCCUCUCUUUCUACCUUAAUAGUCUGCGAUUGCCCUAAACUGCAAUUGCCGUGCCUUCCACGUGUUAGAAUUCUUAGUGUUAGGGGAUGUAGCGUUGAGCAACUGAAGUCAAUCUCUAAUCUCAACGGUCUUUAUGGACUAUAUCUUUAUUAUAGUGUCCAAGUAUCGUGCUUUCCGGAAAGAAUGUUGCACAACAUGACCUCUCUUGCAACUCUGCAGAUAAAUUCUUUCAGUGAAUUGAAGGAACUGCCAUCUGACAUCACAAAACUCACUACUUUGUUUGAUCUAAGCAUCAAAGAAUGUGGUAAGCUGGAGUGUUUACCAGAACAGGGUUGGGAAGGCUUAUCUUCACUUCGAAAACUGUCCAUUGAUAACUGUAAGAGUUUGGGAUCCUUGCCUGAUGGUGUUCGCCACUUAACUUCACUUCAAUCUUUGACUAUUGGAAACUGCCCAGUGUUGAAAAAGCGGUGUGAGAAAGGAACAGGGGAGGAUUGGCACAAGAUAGCACAUGUUCCCCAUGUAAAGUUUUUCAUCGUUUUAAGCUGAUACACUGCUUAUUGAUUUUUUUUUAUUGUUGUGUAUUUACAUAAUCAUGGUUUUUAAUUUGUAUUGUAUUUUAUCUUCAUUUGUAGUGUUCUUUCAAAUUACAGAACCAAUCUAUUUAUAUUAUUAUUAUAUAAAAAUU